UUCCGAGGGGGAGGCGGGGUUAGGCCUCCCGAGCGGCUUUCUCUCUCUCUCGUGUCCGGGGCCUGAGCGGGAAUUCAUCGGCGAGGCUGCUUCUUUCGAUUCCCAGGCUGCCCCAUUGGAAGAGGGCGCUGUAAUUAUGGCAAUGACGGGUCCGGCACCUUGUUCAUCUAUGAGUAACCAUACUAAGGAGCGAGUUACAAUGACAAAAGUGACAUUAGAAAACUUCUACAGUAAUCUGAUUGCCCAGCAUGAAGAAAGAGAAAUGAGACAAAAGAAGCUAGAAAAAGUGAUGGAAGAAGAAGGCUUAAAAGAUGAAGAGAAAAGAAUAAGAAGAUCCGCACACGCCCGAAAGGAGACAGAGUUUCUGCGACUGAAAAGAACAAGACUUGGACUAGAGGAUUUUGAGUCUUUAAAAGUAAUAGGCAGAGGAGCGUUUGGGGAGGUGCGGCUUGUUCAGAAGAAAGAUACAGGGCAUGUAUAUGCAAUGAAAAUCCUACGAAAAGCUGACAUGCUGGAAAAAGAGCAGGUUGGUCAUAUUCGAGCAGAACGAGACAUUCUAGUGGAGGCAGAUAGUUUGUGGGUUGUAAAAAUGUUUUAUAGCUUUCAAGAUAAGCUAAACCUCUACCUUAUCAUGGAAUUUCUGCCUGGAGGUGAUAUGAUGACGUUAUUAAUGAAAAAAGAUACCCUUACAGAAGAAGAGACUCAAUUUUACAUAGCAGAGACUGUGUUAGCUAUUGAUUCAAUUCAUCAACUGGGUUUUAUUCACCGUGAUAUCAAGCCAGAUAAUCUUCUCUUGGACAGUAAAGGCCAUGUGAAGCUGUCAGACUUUGGUCUUUGCACAGGACUGAAGAAAGCACAUAGAACAGAAUUCUAUAGGAAUUUGAGCUAUAAUCUUCCAAGUGAUUUCACUUUUCAGAAUAUGAAUUCCAAAAGAAAAGCAGAAACUUGGAAAAGAAACAGAAGACAAUUGGCUUUCUCCACCGUGGGAACUCCAGAUUAUAUUGCUCCAGAGGUCUUCAUGCAGACAGGAUACAAUAAGCUUUGUGACUGGUGGUCACUUGGAGUCAUAAUGUAUGAGAUGCUAAUUGGUUACCCUCCUUUCUGUUCAGAGACUCCUCAAGAAACUUACAAGAAAGUAAUGAAUUGGAAAGAGACUUUAAUAUUCCCCCCAGAAGUUCCUAUUUCUGAGAGAGCCAAAGAUCUCAUUUUAAGAUUUUGCUGUGAAUGGGAACAUCGAAUCGGUGCCCCAGGUGUUGAAGAAAUUAAAACAAAUCCCUUUUUUGAAGGGGUUGACUGGGAGCAUAUCAGGGAGAGACCCGCGGCAAUUUCCAUAGAAAUCAAAAGUAUUGAUGACACAUCAAACUUUGAUGAAUUUCCGGAAUCUGAUAUCCUUAAAUCUGCAGUGACCACAGGUAACCAUCCAGAAACAGACUACAAGAACAAAGACUGGGUCUUUAUCAAUUAUACAUACAAGCGGUUUGAAGGCCUGACUGCUAGAGGGGCAAUACCAUCCUACAUGAAAUCAGGAAAAUAACAGCUCUUUGCUACAUGGUUUACUUUUGUCUCAAAACUUUUACCCCGGGGCUGUGAAUGUUUGAAGAGUGCAAAAUAACAUCUUAUGCUCUGUUUACAUUACAAGUGAUGGAAUGGGGAAAUUCCACAAAUCGCACUUACAGAUGCAUUUGCAGAUUUUAUUAAUUAAUCUUUGGGCUUUAGGUAACUUUUUAAAGACUGUUACUUCAUCAACAAAGGAAAGAGCAGGUUUUUAAUUACGAAUAUGACAUGUUCUGUCUUACAAGUGCUGUCUGAAAAUACAGCUCAAUUCUAAGGGCUAAGGCAUUACAGAAGAAGCAGAGCAGUAAUUACUAUGGUGAGAGAGCUGAUUCUGAGUAGUUUAUCCCAUAGGAUGGCAAAAUCUCUCUCGCCUUAAAUAUAGGGCUAUUCGUGUGUUUUUUGAUAGCAUCUUUUCGGUCCAAUAAUGGCUUCAAAACUUGCUGCACUUUACUGCUGGUACUAAAGUAGUCAUCUGGAAGUAUUAUGCCUUUUAAUAAAUUUCUGGUAUGUAUAACAUUAUGUAUUCUAUAAGCAAUGUUAUGAGCAAUGUGGGGGCAAUUUCUAGUAAAACCUGUUUAAAGAGCAUUUUUUCUAUUUGGUUAAAAAAAGCAGAUCACUAGUAACAAUAUUAACACUUUGUAGGCAAUACUGUAAGGAAAUAGGAAACAAUAUGUCAUCCUUCCCUCCAUACUUUCAGAUCUUUUACAUAUCAAAAACAAUAAAUUGUGAUAAAAAGAGAAUGAUUCUAAGAUUUCAGAAUUUGGAAUUUUAUUUUUAAAAUGUUUGGUGCCACUGAGUGGAGAGCUUCUAUAGUUUUGUAAUGCAAAUUACAUGAAUUGAUAUCGUUUAAUUGAAGUUUCUAUUUGGUUAUUGUGGUUGCAUACACUGGACUCUUUGACACUAUUAUGAUAUUCAGGUUAUCCACACAAAUCCCUAGUCUCUACACAAUGUAUCAUUUACUAUUCUCAUUUACUGAUCUGUGCCUCUGAUUUAAUUUUUAAGUACAUAGGAUGUUUUAUUCUCAGUCACGGCACAAUGAUUAUAAAGAAUGCAUUUGGAAACAAACAAACAAAAAAGAAAAAUCAGAGGAUUGACCUGAAAAUUAUAUCGCAGAAUACUUUUAGGUCCAUUAAAUUUUUUAAUAAAAUAAUUGAAUAAAACUAUGAAGCUUUAAUAUAUUCUGGCUCUUUUCUUACAUAUUAAUAGGCAAAGAGCAGCUAAAGUAUUUUGCUCAAAUAGAUCAAAUUCAGGAAGGAUAUGUCAGUUCCGGUUCAGGAGGAUUAUUCAAAAGCCUUUGUUCUUUUUGAAAGAUCUGAAGCAGCUUGCAAUAAUAUCACAAUGAACACUGCUUCAACCAUUCACAUUGACCAUAAAUUGUUUCAUUCUGUUUCAUCUGUUCUUACCCACUGGACUUUUAAAAACAAAAACUUUUUUUUUUAAUGUAGCUACAUACAUGCCAUAGUGACAUACACGUUCUCUGAGAACGUGCCAUGUGCCUUUCUACCAUAUAAAGCAGUAAUGUAAACUCUCCUCAUCCUUAUUUUCAAUGCCACAAGUUUUGCUUUCUAUCUCCCAAGAGUCUGAGAAACCCUGCUACUCCAAGUAGCUUUCUAGAUGUGAAUAUACACAGAAACGUCAAUGAGGAAGAAGCAGAUGAAAUAUUUGCAUUUAACUUGGAGAAGCCUAAAGGGAAGCAAGACUUGCUUCUGCUUUUAAGUAUCUAUGUGCCUAGUUUUACAAUUACCAUGUUUGGACGUGUCUCAUCCAUAAUGAGGCUAGGGUUUUGCUUACUUGUAGAUAAUGAUGGAUUUGAAGUUAAAUUCUGGUGCUUGCUAAAUAUUGAAAACAUGUAGCAUAUAUAACUGGUGCUUAAUAAGCCUUAAAUAAAAAAAAGCUGUAGAAAACUCUCAGGGUAACCAGAUAGCUUAAGAGAGUUGACCAGCCAAUAAUUUUUCAAAGGGAAGAACAUUGUGUUACAUUCUAUCUCCAUCACAGUAAUGUAUUUCUUUUUCAUUAUGACAUUAUGCCACAGUGUGAUAGAUUAUGAAUGCAAGGAUAGUAUGCAUGUCGGUAAAUUGAAUUUACAGUACAAGGUGUAAUUCUACUUGUCUUUUGUAAUUAGAAAAUAUCUAGAGGGAUUUUUUUUUAAAUUUUAGUGAAGUUGAAUAAAGCAUAUUGCUAUAAGCAAAAGACUAACUUGGAGUUCUGCAACUGGACAGUGGCCAAGAUCUCAGUAGACUAUCCUGAUACUCUGUAGUGUGCUUGUUUGCCAUUAUGACUGUGGCUAAAUUAAGGACACUCACAAACAAGGAUAGUAUAUUAACAAUCUUAUGAAAAUUAAAUCUAUUUCAUUUUUUAAAAAACCCUACCAUUUCCCCUUGCAUGGAAGCAUUAGAAUUUGGAUUCCAGUGGUUUGGGAACACUAAAGGUUCUCACAAAAUGGGUCAUGUAUUUUAAUGCAUAAUGUUGGCACCUAACCCAUUUUAGUGAGUGGUCCAUAUGAACUUGACUCCUUAUUCCUUCUCAUCUUAACUCCAGCUAUGUUGGUAUUGAUCUCAAAGUGAAUUAAAAGUCACAGCUAAGUAAAAGUUCAUAAAAGUAUUAAGUUCGAACUUAAAGGGAACCCUGUUAAACCUUAAUUGCCUUUAUUGUCAAUGUUAUUGGGAACUCAUAACCAUAAUUUGGCUGCACCGAAGUACACAAUUCCCAUAGGCUGCCACUUUCAUAUUGCUGACUCUUGACAUCUUGCACAAGCUCAUAGUACUUUUUGAAAGUCACUUUUCUAGGAUGACACUUCCUUGUUCUAAAGCAAUUUUAGAUCUAAUUGGCCAAGCAUACUAGUAAAUGCAAGUUGCUAUAUUUUGCUGAGCUGAAUUAUUAAGUAAUCACUGAUGUAUCUCCCACAUACCCCCAAAACUGCAAAAGUUUUGGAUUUUGGCCUGCUGGGGUAUGGCAAAAAAUAAAAAUCCUAGCUAAGCUAAAUAUAAGCAACACACUGCUGGUUGUGUAUGAUUCCUAGCAGGUUAUACUACACUUAGGUACUGAUUAACCGCUGUGCCUGGGUUCUGCCUUAUUUUGGUAGAUGACAAUUAUUUUGUAUCUGCAUAUGGCUGUUCCGAAAUGCAAUGUACAAUUUAGUACACUUUGUAUGUGAUUUGUUGGUUUUAUUUAGAGACCAAUUCUAUAUGGAACAAUCUUUGCAUUCUGAAAUGUUUAAAAUUCAUUUUCAAUAAAUGUAGUUUUGCUAU